AUGGCCGAACAUGGCACGAGACGCAUUAGGCUCGACAUUGGCGGUGAAGAAGUUGUUGUGGUGUCCCCGGACCUUUUCUGUGUUGCUGGAAACAACCGGCUUUCUGACAUGACUGCAAGAUGUGACGAUCCGUUUGCAAGAUGUGACGAUGCUCAAAACGACUGGGAGGUCUUUGUGGACUACUCUCCAGAAGUCUUCGUGCCACUUCUCAACUGGCUUCGCCACUUUCGUGACAGUGAGCGUGAUGAGGUGAUCGACGUCGCGGUGGAGCCCCGCUACCGUCCCCCUUUCAUCCGAAUGAUGAUUUUCCUAUCCUAUGGGCUGCACUUCAUUCGUCUCGCAGGGAUCAAAGCUGGAGAACUCCUCGACCGGGGUUAUUCUCACGAGGAUCUCUUGGAUGCUGGUUUUGAGGAUUCAGAAUUGCCACCACCGGUUCUUGCUGAAGCGAGGCAGCGCAAAGGUAGCAUCAUCCCCGACAAGCUUCGGACAAAGAUUCUGCAAGUGGAAAUCGGAGGACAAAAAAACAUUACGGUCUCUCCCGAUUUGUUCGGUGUGGCUGGGGAGAACCGUCUCAGCAAACUGCUGGCUGGAUACUGUGACCCGGACCCAUGGAAUGUCGAAAGUACGCCUGACAUGAAGCUCUUUGUGGACUACUCCCCAGAGGAAAGGGGUUAUGGCCAUGAGUCGCUCCUGGAUGCGGGAUUCCAGGAGACGGAGUUGCCAAGGAUCCUCGACCCUGAGGACGAGAUGCCUUCUGGCGACAACCUU